AUGGGAAAGAUGGAGGAGGAGAGCGACAAUGUUGGGAAGCUGUUUGAGAACUUCAUCCAGGCCUCCACCUGUAAAGGGACUCUGCAGGCCUUUAACGUCCUCUGCAGACGUUUGGACCUUGACCCGGCGAACCACAACACUUUCUACUGCAGCCUGAAGGCAAAGGUCACCUCUUGGAAGGCCAAGGCACUUUGGAGCAAGUUAGACAAAAGGAUAUCCCACAAGGAGUACAAGAAAGGUCAAGCUUGUGUGGGGACAAAGUGCCUCAUCAUCGGAGGAGGCCCGUGUGGCUUGCGGACUGCAAUCGAGCUUGCCUUGAUGGGUGCUAAGGUGGUGGUGAUUGAGAAGAGGGAUUCUUUUUCAAGGCACAACGUGCUCCAUCUUUGGCCCUACACCAUCCAUGACCUGCGGGGCCUCGGGGCCAAAAAGUUCUACGGAAAGUUCUGUGCUGGAGCCAUCGACCACAUCAGCAUUCAGCAGUUGCAGCUCAUCCUCCUGAAGGUGGCUCUCAUCGUUGCUGUGGAGUUUCACAUCAAUGUGGAGUUUAUUAAGCUGCUGGAGCCUCCAGAAGAUCAGCAAAACGAAGCGAUUGGGUGGAGGGCCGCAAUCCGACCUGCAGAUCACCCGGUGGCUGGCUUUGAGUUUGAUGUGGUGGUGGGGGCCGAUGGGCGGAGAAACACUCUGGAAGGUUUCAAAAGGAAAGAGUUCAGAGGUAAACUGGCAAUCGCCAUCACAGCCAACUUUAUCAACAGGAACACAACUGCGGAGGCGAAAGUAGAGGAGAUCAGCGGCGUGGCCUUCAUUUUCAACCAGAAGUUCUUUCUUGACCUCAAAGAGGAGACAGGCAUUGAUCUGGAGAACAUUGUCUAUUACAAGGACAACACACAUUACUUUGUCAUGACGGCAAAGAAACAGAGUCUGCUGGAGAAAAAAGUUGUCAUCAAUGAUUACAUGGACACUCAGAUGCUGCUGAGCAGCGAAAAUGUCAACCAGGAAGCCCUUCUGAGCUACGCCCGAGAAGCUGCUGACUUUGGCACCAACUAUCAACUUCCCACACUCGAUUACGCCAUGAAUCACUGCGGGCAGCCAGAUGUGGCCAUGUUUGACUUCACAAGCAUGUAUGCGUCUGAGAACGCCGCUCUGGUCAGGGAGAGAUCCGGACACCAACUGCUGGUGGCGCUAGUUGGUGACAGUCUGCUGGAGCCCUUCUGGCCAAUGGGGACUGGUUGUGCCAGAGGUUUCCUGGCUGCCUUUGACACGGCCUGGAUGGUAAAGAGCUGGGCUGAUGGCCGGACGGUUCUGGAAGUUCUGGCAGAAAGGGAGAGUAUUUAUCGACUUCUACCACAAACUACUCCUGAAAACAUAGCCAAAAACUUUGACCAGUACACUAUCGACCCUUCAACUCGAUACCCCAACCUCAACUCCUCAUGCGUUAGACCUCACCAAGUGCGUCACCUGUACGUCACUGGAGAGCUAAAUUCCUGCUCCCUGGAGCGUGCUGCUACCAUACGACGGCCUGUCAAUCUCUACAGACGAGAGUCUGAGAUCCGGCCAUCGCGGCUCCUUUCCUGGUGCCAGAAACAGACCGAGGGCUACAGGAAUGUCUCAAUCACAGACCUGGCAUCGUCUUGGAGAAGUGGCAUCGCCCUGUGUGCCCUCAUUCACAGAUUUAAACCCCAGCUGAUAGACUUUGACUCUUUAAAUGAGGAAGACCACACUGCAAACCUCCAGCAAGCUUUUGACAUCAGCGAUCGGGAAUUCGGGAUUCGCCCAUUCACUUCUGCAUUGGACCUGAGCGCUGGUGAUGAACUGGACAAAACCAGGAUGAUUGCUUACCUGUCGAAGUUCUACGAGCUUUUCCGUGGGACUCCUCUACCUUCGUUGGCAGAUUCCAGAAGAGUGGAUGAAAACAAUGAAGAAUAUCCCUCAGAGGAAGUCAAAGCUAAUAAUAAUGAUCUCAAUCUUGCACUGACAAGGAAGCGGGUACCAAAGGAUGAGAAGAAGUCAGACGGUACAGACUCUAUUUACAAAAGGAGGCGAAGAUUCUUCUAUCUGGAGGAGGCCACUAACAUGCGUAGUAAUGGCUCAUCAGUCCAACACGAACGGGAGCCCAAAGAAAACAAAGUUCGCUCAAUGGCUUCGCAGCUACAGGCCAAGUUUGAAAGCAAGAACAGCUACACGUUUCAAAAAACACAGUCAGACUGUGAGACAGUCUUGGUGCUCCCUAAUCUUAAUCAGAUUGAGCUUCGGCCUGUUGGGACCAGGUCUCCAGUCCCACCUAAGCCUUCUUCUAUGACACAGUUUGAAAAAAGUAUCAGAAAAGCGGCUGAACAGUUAGCCAACCUUCCUCCAAAGACUCUGCCAAAACCCCAGCUCCGUCCUCAGCCCCAGCAUCCAUUUUUAGUCGUGAAGCUCAGACAUGUUGAUCAAACUCUCACUGAGACGAAGCCCCAGCCUGAGCGUGAGAGUCCUGAGCCCCCCGCAUCUCCUCCGUCCUGCCGCUCUGCUAUCUGUUUCAUGACAAGAGUUCUGCAUCGCCUCAGAGAGGUGGACGAACACGUAUCUGAGAAAAAAGCUCAAACACAACAAGUUAGGGAGUUUCAGACAAAGAGCAUAAAGGAAAAAGCUGUUCACCUUAGUGGACUGUUCUCAGGAGACAGUCCUGACGUUCUCAAGGGAAGUUCGAUAAGAAGAACGUUUUCCCAGUCGGCUGACAAGUGCUACUCUUGCUCCAAGCGUGUUUACAUGGUUGAGCGGGUCUGUGCCGAGGGGUUCUAUUUCCACCGGGAAUGUUUCCGGUGUUCCACCUGCAACUGCUCCCUCCCACAGGGAGCACAUGCAUUCAACUCAGAAGAAGGGAAACUCUACUGCAAACUUCAUUUUCAUCAGCGCAACAAUGGGACAAAUCUGCGAAGGACUUUUUCUCUACCUCCAAAUCGGAAUAGAGCUCAGGAUCGAAUUGCUGCAGACGGAGAGAGCUCCCAGUCCAGCAGUUCGGCAGAACUGGAGAGCCCGCCUGCGGCAGUUGACGACUUUUAUGAAGCAUUUGAAGCACACGGAUGGUUAGGAGAAAUUACAUUUUGAAGGUGAUUCCCUGCAUGACCACAUGGUUUGUGCUGUGAACACUUCAUUGCCGCAGUGUCUAAUAUGAGUGACAAACUGUGAAGUUUGGUUUAUCUAAAAUCGUGUCUGAUGUGUGGCUUCUGUGUUUCCAGUGUUUUAUCAGUCCUUGAUUUGUCUUAGAAAGCUGCUUAUGCUAACUUAGCAUGACUUGAGACUUUGACGCUCACAAGGUGUGACUUGUUCUAAACCAGAGUUUCUCACACCUUUUAUAAUUACUGUCCAGUUCCAAGUAACACCGCCAUUCUCUUCACUUUGAGAAGUUUCUAAUAAUGCAACAAUGUAAACAAAUGACUAUGACUUAUUUUUCCCCAUUCUCUUCACUUUGAGAAGUUUCUAAUAAUGCAACAAUGUAAACAAAUGACUAUGACUACUACCAUUUUAAUUGUUUGCAAUUACCCUCCAAAAACUGAUACCAAAAUUUAAAGCUGGAGAAUUCAACUGAAGAACCUUCUCCAGUCAGAAUUUCAAAUUGGGAAACUGAGGUGUUCCUCACUAACCCUAAACGUUUGUUUUUCUGCUGUUCGGUUGGUUUGUUUCUCAUUAAGUCAGUGGCAAACCCCCUAGCAAUGUUCGUGACUAUAUAUUCCUUUGCUGCUUGCUAACUAUCUUGAAUAUUAUAGAAACAACACUAUUUUUUAUUGUAUUUAUUUUUAAAAUCAAAAUAUUCAGUGAUCACUACCAACUCAUUACAAGUCAAGAAUCUUUGUUCUUCACACUGACUUGAUGAUUUAGGGCAAAAGCACCAAAUGGUGGAACAAUAAAAUUCAUGACACAUAAUUUUCCCCCAGUUAUUUAAAUGACUUAUCUACAUCUAAUGGUUGUCAAAUAUAGCAAUUCAUAAACAUAUAUAUUCAUCUUUGUAAGACCUCAACUAAUAAUUGACCAUUUAAUUCUAAAAGCUGCAAUGUAAUUGACACAGGAUUUCACUCUGAGGAAGAGUGAAAGUUUAUAAAAUUACUUUUUUUAUGUUUUAAUAAAACUUUCUAAAAAAAAUACAAUUCUUUCUGUAUAUAUUUAGUUUACAAAAUAAAACAAAACAUUUAACAGUGUACAUUCUCUGUUGAAUUAUGUAUAUAUUUUUUGCCUCCUACAUUUAGAAGCUGCCGAAGAAGAGAUGUGUAUCUUGUGGCUCCCAGGACUGCAAGUUACAGCUUGAGCUUCAUUAUUUCUCAUUGCUGAUAAUUUGGUUUUAUAGCAAUGUUAUACUGUCUGUAAGUAAUCUGUUCAUGAGCUCAUCAUCAUUGUAUGGAUGUUUUUGUUGGCCUAGUAUUGUACAUCACAUGGUGGCUCUUUUUAUCAGAUAACAUUAUAUUUAACAGCUUAGGCUGUUAUAUAUAUUUUUCUUGACCAAAAUUAAUACGACAACUCUUCAUCCAUCAAUGAAAAAAAACAAAUCAAUGUCAAAAAUCUUGUGCUCUCUGGGUUCCUCGCUUGCAGUCACUUGGUCUGUCAAAUUUAUACCAAACUCUGAACAUUAUGAGCAUAAAAAUAAGGACAAUGUGUGGUUAGAGAAGCUGUAUCAGUGAGACAAGUAAAAACUGGAUAAUAAAAGCUAUGAUAUUCUAAGUUUUUGUCUCUUUUUAAAAAAAGAAA